CGCUGUCUGGACGAUGAAAAUGGCCGCCAGGGUGUUCUGUCUUGCCGUUUUGCUCAGACUCGCAAAUUCCCAACUUCCCUAUAUUCGAAUAUGCGACCCAGUGCCAACAAUAACGACGCAGACUCCCACAGUUUGCUCCAACUAUGAGAACAUUAAAUACAUCUACAAUGGACAAGAGAGUCUGAAAAAAACGGUUUUGCAGCUGAAAAUGUCGCUGGAAAGCAACAACGACAUGCUUGAGAGAUUGGAAUGGACUCUAAAGAACAACUUUGCGGAGUUGACCAGAGCUACGGAAAGUCAAAGUUCUGCCAUUCAGAGUCUAAGGAGUGCUGUCGACAAACUGGAGAAACGGCAAGAAGGAGUCGGUGAAAACUUCAGCGAAAUCGAGCAGAGGCUGAACGUGACCGAGAAGAAGCUGGUCGACAAAAACGCCAAGCUUGAAGGUCUGGAGAUGAAAAGCGAAGCUGCUUUCGAGAGCAUGAAAACGCUGCUGAACGCGUACAAGGACGAUCUGUCCCGCCUCAACUCAACGGCCCAAAACCUUGAGGUACAACUGGAAGGUCGGCUGAACGUCACCAAGGUGGAGCUCGGAGGAAAACUGGACGCAAUUGAGAAAAACACUGAAGAUUUUAGCACCAAACUACACAACCAGAAAACUGAACUGGAUCACAAAAUCACAAGCAGAUUCAACAAAGUCAUUCAUGAGCUGCAAAAACAAAACGCCACGAUGAACCAGCUGAUUGGUCAAACUGCAGCCAGGCUUGUCCAACUAGAGAUGGAAACCGUCGAUUCAUUCAACGACACCAAGACCUUAUUGGAAACGUACAAAAAUGAACUUUCCCUCCUGAAUCUAACGACUCGGGGGCUUGAAGUCGACCUUGAAGGCCGACUGGAUGCCACCAAGACUGACCUUGAACAGAAACUACAGAUGAUUGAGGAAAAUACUGAAGUCAGGAUUAUAACUUUAGAGAUGGAAACUGCAGCUUCGUUCAACAGCAGUAAAGCUCUGCUGAACUCGUACAGGGAUCAGAUUUCCCACCUGAACUCAACAACUCAGGACCUCAGAGUCCAUCUAGAGUCCCGAAACGUCAUCAAGACGGACCUUGAGAACCGACUGCAGACGAUUCAGUUAAAAAGUGAAGAGCUGACCAGAUCCACAAGCAACCACAAAGUGGAUAUUAGCAUCCUGAAGAAUGAGGUUGAUAAACUGGAGAAGCACCAGGAACGAUUUGGGGGAAACUUCAGUGCCAUUGAGGAGAGACUGGAUGUAGCCGAGAGGCAGCUGGCGGAAAAAAAAGCCAAGCUUGAAAACCUGGAGACGGAAACCGAGGCUGCGUUCAACGACACCACCAAACUCCUGAGCUCCUACAAGAAGGAACUUUCCCGCCUGAAGUCAACGGCGCACGACCUCGAGGUCAAAGUUGAGGACCGACUGAACGUCACCAAGAUGGACAUCGAAGAAAAACUGGAGGCGCUUCUGAAAGACACUCAAGAUUUUAGCACCAAACUGCACAACCAGAAAACUGAACUGGACCACAAAAUCACAAGCAGAUUCAACAAAGUCAUUCAUGAGCUGCAAACACAAAACGCCACGAUGAACCAGCUGAUUGGUCAAACUGCAGCCACGGUUGAAAAUCUGGAAACGGAAACUGGACUUUCAAUCAACAGCACCAGAACCUUACUGGACAUGUACAAAAAUGAACUUUCCCUGCUUAAUACAACGACUCUGGGUCUGGAAGUCAAACUUGAAAACCGACUGGUUGCCACCAAGACUGACCUUGAAAAGAAACUACAAACGAUGGAGGAAACUACAGAAGCUUUGGACACAGAAACUGCAGCUUCGUUCAACAGCAGUAAAGCUCUGCUGAACUCGUACAGGGAUCAGAUUUCCCACCUGAACUCAACAACUCAGGACCUCAAAGUCCAUCUAGAGUCCCGACUGAACGUCACCAAGACGGACCUUGAGAACCGACUGCAGGCGAUUCAGUUAAAAAGUGAAGAGCUGACCAGAUCCACAAGCAACCACAAAGUGGAUAUUAGCAUCCUGAAGAAUGAGGUUGAUGAACUGGAGAAACACCAUGAACGAUUUGGGGGAAACUUCAGUGCCAUUGAGGAGAGACUGGAUGUAGCCGAGAGGCAGCUGGCGGAAAAAAAAGCCAAGCUUGAAAACCUGGAGACGGAAACCGAGGCUGCGUUCAACGACACCACUAAACUCCUGAGCUCCUACAAGAAGGAACUUUCCCGCCUGAAGUCAACGGCGCACGACCUCGAGGUCAAAGUCGAGGACCGGCUGAACGUCAUCAAGAUGGACAUCGAAGAAAAACUGGAGGCGCUUCUGAAAAUGAACGAAGGCAUCAAUGCAAAACUAAGCCAUGAAAAAUCUGCACUUGGCUCCAACAUUGAAAUCUUGAACAAAGAGCUGAAGAUGCAAAAUCUGACAGUGAACCAUCUCCUGAAUCAGAUUGGAGUAAUGAACAAAGUUGCCUUUUCAGCAACCAUCAUCGAGUCUGUAGAUUCGUUUACUGGACCUCACGUUCCUGGCACCAGCAAUGUCCUUAAAUUUGACAGAGUCUUCACAAAUGUAGGCAAUGCCUACAACAAACAGACAGGGGUCUUCACGGCUCCGGUGAGCGGGAUCUAUCACUUCAGCUUCAUGACCUUCGGCUACAGCAGCCACACGUCGGGAGCCAUCUUGGUGAAGAACGGAAGAUACCAAGUGAGCACCUGGGAGUUCACAGGGCCGGACGCCAGCGACACGACCAGCAACUCGGUCAUCCUGGAGAUGACCACUGGAGACUGUGUCAGCGUCAUUUUGUGGCACGGCGGUAAAAUACACACGGGUGUUUUCAGUGGCUUUCUCGUCUUCCCACUGGUCUAAAAACAAAAUCAAAAAUUAAAAUCGCAUUGGUUGACACCGUCGCUGUGUUGUGAUAGUGUGGUAUGUAUGAGACUGAUAAUUUGUGAAAAAAGAAUCAAUAUCCA